AUGAAGAUAUCGACAUUAGUUUCAGUGGCGGUAGCCACGGUGCAGUUUGGACACGCUGCUCCUUUCUCACCUCCUGGCCCUGGAGGUGACUUUGGACCCAUCGAAGUCCGCGGUGUAGGGCAUCUUCACGAUAACUUCCUCAAGAAGCGAGCAAUCGAUUCCCAAAAUCAGAUGACAGAUACAAACAAAGGUCUUGUCGGCGGAAUCGAGGCUGGUAAUGUUGGCAAUAGGAUGGUUAACCGUCGAGAAAUCAGAGAGCUUGCUGCCUAUGCAGUUGCCGGUGACAAUAUACCUGGAAGAGUUUAUGAUUUGUACAUUCUUGCCUUGAGGAGGACAAUGACCAGAUCUCCUGCCGACAAAAACAGCUGGUGGCAGCUCGCUGGUAUCCAUGGUCGACCAUUUGUGCCAUGGAAUAACAGACAGCCAGGUACCAGAGGCUCAGCCCUUAUCUCUGACCCUGCAAAUGGAGCUUUCACUGGCACUGGAUAUUGCACACAUGGCUCUACCCUGUUCCCUACAUGGCAUCGCCCUUACCUUGCCUAUGUUGAAGAAGUUCUCUGGGCGAGUGCCGCCCUGGAAGUCAGACCUGCGCUCGCUCCAAAAGCGCCGAACGGGUGGAAUCAGAAAGAUUGGGACGAGGAGAGGGUCAAAUGGGAGAGGGCUCUCGAACAACUCCGUAUUCCAUACUGGGAUUGGGGACUGGACAAUGCCGACCUCCCACCACAAGCUUACGCUCGGACACACAAGUUCAAGUACUUCCCGGCUAGGAAAGAGAAAGACUUCCCAGAGUGGGAGAACCCUCUCUAUACCUUCAAAUUCAACCCCAACACAUACAAUGCGGGUUCCAAUUUCGGGAACGAUCGUUUCAGGAACUGGUUCCGUACAUUGAGACAUCCACCUACUGAGGUGCCUGGAGUUGGUGAUAAUAUCAAUGAGUGUCGGGCUACUCUCCGGCAAAACGGUAACAAUGUUAGACAGCAAGUUCAUGAACUUUUGCUUCGAUCGCUGCCUUCAGAUAAACAAGCCAAUAUUAGGGAACCAGGAAAAAUCAACACUGCAAGUGACCCUGCUCGAUGGGGAGCUUUCAGUAACAGAGUCGGCAAUAAUGGUGCUUCCGUCGAAUCGAUCCACGAUGGUAUUCACGUCUGGGUUGGUGGACCAUACGGCCACAUGACCUCUGUGCCUUACAGUUCAUUUGACCCUGUCUUCUUCCUCCAUCACACAAAUGUCGACCGUCUUUUCGCUAUCUGGCAAGCUGUCAACCCCAAGAGUUACGUCACACCCCAGCAAAACGGUGGUGGAACUUAUGGUGUUCCAUCGAAUCAAAUCGACGACGGCAAUUCUCCGUUGGAACCUUGGCUUACUAGGGCUGGCUGGAGAUUCAAUUCAAACACUGUCAGAUAUACCGAAACUUUCGGUUACGGGUAUGAGGAAGUUCCAAGGCAUGAUUACACCAACAGUCCAACGGGUCUCCGCAGGUUUGCUAUGGAGGCAGUCCACAGGUUGUACGCGAACAGUGUUACUUCUUCCUCCAAACGCAAGAGAGACCUUUACACGUCUGAAGAAAAUCAAGGGCUCGAUAACUCAAUCGUCAACAACAAAUAUUACGAAUGGCGGGUUGACGUUUCUACUGACAGAGCAGCCUUGAAUGGAUCUUACAGCGUUCAUUUCUUUCUCGGAAAGCCCGACCGUGACUACAACAAGUGGACCUCCCAGCCAGAAUUUGUCGGUGAUUAUGUUGUUUUCACUCACAAUAUGGAAGCCCCUCCUGGCACUGACUCGGCUACAAUCAAUACCGAAAUCACUGGCAGUGUCCCUCUUACAGAUGCAAUGGUGCAUUCCUUCGGUCAGAAUCUUACUUCUUUGAAUCCAUCAGAUGCGAAACCAUUCCUUAUCAAGAACCUCCGCUGGAGAGUUACCGAUUCGACCGGUCGGCCAGUUAGAGCUCGUAAUGUCAAAGGCUUGAAGGUUUCUGUCUCCAUCUCUCACACUACUUUGGCUACUGAUGAAACUCCAUGGACUCAGUACGGAGAAUGGACUUUCCUCACCGAUAUCGCUCGCAGAAUUGGCAAGGAUGGUGGUCCAGACAAGGUCGGAAUCCCCGAUCUCUCUAGCACUUCGACUACUGUCGCCCCAACCACAACAGAAGCGCCGGCCUAUAACACUGAUCUACCCACUUUGGUCACUUUGACCACUUCCUCCGCUGAGGAGCCAACUACCGAAGCCGUUGCUACUGAGGCACCAACAUCUGUUGCUGAAGAUGUCGAGGAGAUCCCUACUCCGACCUCCGCCGAUGCUACCGAGUCAACUGUCGAAGCCUCAUCAACUGUUUCUGCCGACGAUUCUUCCCCAACAGAUGACUAA